AACCUGAAGCAUGUUGCUCAUUAUUAUUCUUGAAAGCAUAGUCUUCAUAGUUGAUUGAGCCUCUACUUAAUAUUCCGUCCAGUAAAAUUCCGCCCCAGAGACAGCAUCUCCUCUACCGCAUAUCAGACUUGCCUGUCUUCAGAUUCACAAUUACACGCGACCUGUAUCUAACUGUAAUGUGAACGCAUCUGUCCUCCGAAAUGGCACCGAUGUUCACGCUGAUGUGCUUUUGCACGAGUCAUCUGCGGCACCAACAGCAACAAACGCGCUGACUGAUGACGACAGCGCCCAGCGCAUGCGUAUAGGCGGGAUAAACACUUGCAUUCCGAUCUGACUGUUCUCAUUCAUGUUGCAUGGCCAUGAAUCGGAUACGUAUCUGAUCUAGGACCAUAUAUGAAUGUCACUCAGAUUUGUAAAGAUCGGAUUUCUGUGUCCACAAAGCUCUGAAAACUUCAGUUCUGAGUCACAUCAAGUCACGUCAAUUAAAGUGUUACUGAGUUGUUUUUAGGGCCUGGAGUUGAAUUUGACUUUAUUAAUUUAAGCUGACAAAGAUUACAAAAGAACUUAUUACCAGGCUACCAUUAGGAAUGUGGGUUGUAAAGACUGAUACCUGGUCUGCCUGUCACACCCUCAAACGUCAUUCUGCAAAUAUGAGCCUCUCCAAAAGGAAAACAACUGAGUCAGAAUGUCUUUUCUUAAUGGAUGUCAAAAAUGGAUUUUUCUAUUAUGGCUUUUAUGGGACUUGAAAAUAAUUGUAAAAAUGGCCGCUGCUGACGUGGCAUACACAAGAACAAUAUAUUUAAAUACAUUUCUGAGACAUAUCCAGAUAUUUUAGACAUGUACUUAAAUAUUAAAAAUCCAUCACAACAGGGCACAAUGGACGGUCCACAGUGCGGCCUUGUAUGGUAAAGGGGACUUUAUAAUAAACGGCACUCGGAAGACAUGAAACAAAAGGGACCAUGAGGGAUCUAAUCGAAGGCAGGUAAAUGAUACUGGAGCAAACAAAGAUUUAAACCAAACUCAAGGAAACAGAGUGACCCCAGACAAGAUCAGGUAAAGAAAGCACAGCAGAUAAUAAACAGAAAACAAAUGCGAUGACCAACAAAAGCAAAAGGCAGUUAUAUAUAAAUAUACAUGGGCUAAACAAGGGACAGGUGUGAACCAUCACAAUAAACCAAAAACUAAAGAAUAGAGGCAACAAGGAACAGGUGCAGGUCAUUCACAAUCAGUAACAAUUUAAACGCUAGAAAUGGUUUGGCCAGUGACACUGACUGAUCAAAUAGGGAAACGACGAACAGGACAGGGAUUUAACUGAUCCUGACACUACAUAUGAGUAUAUUGUACAUGAUUAUAUGUUUGAAAUGUAUUUGUAUAUACGUAAAUGUAUUCAUUACAUUUAACACAUUUAACAGUUUUAGUUACUAUAAUAUUUACAUUGCGUACUGAUGUAUUUGAAUUGACUAAUAAUUGUUGCUGUUACCUUAUUCAUUUAAUUGUUGCUCAUUUAUUCACAUACUUCAGAAGGCAGGUAAAAUUCAAUUCAAAAUCAACGCUUAUUUAACUUCAUAAAAACUUGUGAAUUUGUUAACUUUUGGUUAAAUUUUCCUUUUACUGCUGUAGAUUCCUUUAAUUUUUGUCCCCACUUCGUCUAAGUUCUGAUGGCUGGCACCUGACCACACCCAGGGCACCUGACCACACCCAGGGCACCUGACUACACCCAGGGCACCUGACCACACCCAGGGCACCUGGUGUAAUUUGUGGAAAUCGCCUCUUAGUUGCUCAUGCAAAUGAAAAGGAAAAUUCAUGUCAUAGUUAGACCCGUUCACAAUAUAACCGGGAUACUCACACUAUGCAGAGUAAGGGGCCACAAGGACCAAGACUGAAGGACACUGACCAGCUGGGAGGUGGGAAGGAGCGACGGAGUGAGUGGAGUGCUGGAGGACAGGAGGCAGGAGGCAUAAGCGGGCAGAGGAUGGCGUGCUGUCGGGACGGAGCCGGGCCGCGGCGCUGGCUGACGCUGGGCUCGGGGCUGCUGGAGUGCCUGUGCUUUGCAGGCAUCGUGUUUGGCUGGGCCUCGCUGGUCUUCCUCCUGAAGGCGGAGAGCUACUUCGGCAACCUUUGCACAAACGGGACCGCGGUCAAUAGCAGCGAGAGCGCCGACUGCAGCCACCAGGACGACCAGUUAUCCCUCAUCUUCACCAUCGCCUCCUUCCUGAACAACUUCCUCCUGCUUCCCAGCGGAUUCUUCUUUGACCGCUUCGGCACUAUGGCCACGAGGCUGCUUGCAGUAAUAUUGUACACCACUGGUGUCUUGAUGGUCGCCUUCUCCAGUGCAGUGAUACCCAAUCUGCUCUUCCCGGCGAUGUCCUGCAUUGCAGUGGGCGGCAUCCUCUUUCUCAUGACAAAUAUGCAGGUGGGGAACCUCUUCGGCACGCACCGAUCCACCGUCAUAACUUUUUACAACGGUGCCUUCGAUUCCUCCUCCGGCAUAUUGCUCAUCGUUAAGGUGGUGUACGAACGAGGGAUCACUCUGCAAGCCUCCAUGCUCUUCCUCGCAAGCUGUAGUGUCAUUCAUCUUCUCCGCACGCUGUUCCUCAUGCCAAGGGGUCACAUUCCCCACCCCCUCCCGGAAGGUUACACCUAUGGGCUUGGCUGUGGCCGGUCCAGGGCUUAUAGUGUGUCAGUAGCAGGGAAGCCUGAUUACAAGGGAGCCAUGUCGGAUGAUGAGAACACAGACAACCUGCCCACUCAAACGACAGAACCAACCACAACUCCCAAUAAGGAGAAAGUGGCCAAUGUCAGGAGCUGCAUCCUGUCCUGGUUCUUCAUGCUGCACCUGGGCUGGCUGUCCAUCAUGCAGUUGCGACACUAUCUCUUCAUCGGGACACUGAACCCCAUGUUGAAUCGGCUCACUGGAGGGGAUCCCACCCUGGUGAGCGAGUAUACCAACGCCUUCGCAUUCACCCAGCUGUGCGGGAUUCUCUGUGCUCCCUGGAACGGCCUCAUCAUGGACAGGCACAAGGGGAAGCCCUGCGCUCCAGGAGAAACGGAGCAGGAGGCCGACGUGCGAUCUGCCGCACUCUCCCUGUUCAUCACCGCCAUGCAGUGCCUGCUCUUCUCCCUGUGUGCCGCCCUGCCCGUCCUUCCCCUCCAGUACCUCACCUUCGUCCUCCAAGUCAUCAACCGCUCCUUCCUGUACGGCGGCAACGCCGCCUUUAUCAGCAUCGCGUUUCCUUCCUCCCACUUCGGGAAGCUGUAUGGCCUGAUCUUGGCACUGUCUGCACUGGUGUCACUGCUGCAGUAUCCAUUCUUCGCCCUGGUCCAAGGCCCCCUGAAAGGAGACCCCCUAUAUCUGAACGUGGCCUUGACUGUUCUCACCACGCUGGCUUUCAUCCACCCGCUGUACGUGUUCAUCCACUGCCGCCGGGCAGCCGCUCGGAGAAGGACGUCGGCACAGUGAAUCGCUGCCCCGACGGAUCCAGGAAGGAGAAGCACUCCCACCGGAUAGAGAACGUCUGACUCACUCACCCUGCAUUUCCAGCGAAGCGACGGAUGGGAGUCACCACCAAACCGUGGGAUCUUUUCCGUUUGUGUCCGACACACAAACGCGCUUUUUAGGAAAGUAUUUAUGGGCUGGUGCCAAAAUAUACUGAUUAAUUUAUCCUUUGGAGGAAGGAGGCAUUACUAUUACUAAUACGCAUAUGAUUGGAUGAGAGCACUGCGUAUGUAUACAUAUAUAACCAAAGGCAUUUGUUAUACGCUUUUUUAUAGGAGGGAACUUAAAAAAUGUUUUUGUCAUCAUUCAAAAAAAUGUGAAGAACUGUUGUUAUUGAAAAUAAAUGAAUUUGUUAUAGAAUUUUAAAGUUGUGGGAAUAAGUUUGUGAAUUCAUUGGAAUCACCAGGAUGUUUUCACAAAUAGUCAUUAAAAUAUGACCUAGUGCCUUUAUCUUUGUUCAUUUACAUUUUGUCCAGACUACCUUAAAUCCGACAAGUCAUCUGGCCAAACAAGGAGUCCAGCUUUGUGAUUCAGGCCACAGGUCUUUGUCUAAGGUCUAAGUCACAGUGAUAAAUAAUGACGGCAUUAACCAACAAACAAGAGACACAUUUUAUAUUUAUCUUUAUCUGUCUUUAUGUGUUGACAAAAUAAGUCACAUGUUCACAUAGUGUCAGAGCUAUCUUAAUAAUCGAAGAUUCAUAUGUAUUGAAGAUUAUUGGAAAAAUAUGGUUGCUUUAUUUAUAUCAUUCCAAAUAUCAUUGCAUGUCAUCCAAUUAUUUUUAAAAUGUGAGAGUUCGGACAAUUAAGUGAAUCAGUGUCAUUUUUUUGUCAUGCCUCCAUAUUGUUAAGUUCCUGUAUGACUCCACUGACAAGUUUUGACGCUGCUCAGAUUAAAAGGAUCCUUCCCACGUC